CAGGUGAAGUCUGGAGCAGGACUCUGACGCUUUCUGUCCUCCAUGCCGCUCACCAGAAAAGGGACUGUGAACUGUGAUUUGGGUCUAGCUGACAGGAAGAAUUUCUGGCCCAGCUGGAAGUGAAAAGAGGGAGUGAGUGUCCUGAGAGCCAUCCUAGAGUCCCCAGGAUCACCAAACAAUCCUCGAUGUGAAUCAAUCCCAUGAUGCAACAUGCCUCCCCAGCCCCCGCUCUGACUAUGAUGGCCACGCAGAAUGUCCCUCCCCCACCCUACCAGGACAGCUCGCAGAUGACGGCAACUGCUCAGGCACCCUCUAAGGCCCAGGCCGUUCACAUCCCUGCACCCUCAGCUGCUGCCAGCACACCUGUGCCCAGUGCCCCCAUUGACCCCCAGGCCCAGCUGGAGGCUGACAAGCGAGCUGUGUACAGGCACCCUCUUUUCCCGCUCCUGACGCUGCUGUUUGAGAAAUGUGAACAGGCCACCCAGGGCUCUGAGUGCAUCACCUCCGCCAGCUUUGAUGUGGACAUCGAGAACUUUGUCCACCAGCAGGAGCAGGAGCACAAACCCUUCUUCAGCGAUGACCCAGAACUGGACAAUCUGAUGGUGAAGGCAAUCCAGGUCCUGAGAAUCCACCUGCUGGAGUUGGAGAAAGUCAAUGAACUCUGCAAGGACUUUUGUAACCGUUACAUCACCUGCCUCAAAACCAAGAUGCACAGCGAUAACCUGCUCAGGAAUGACCUCGGGGGGCCAUACUCCCCCAACCAGCCCUCCAUAAACCUGCACUCACAGGACCUCCUGCAGAAUUCCCCCAAUUCCAUGUCUGGAGUCUCCAGUAACCCCCAGGGGAUUGUGGUCCCAGCCUCAGCACUCCAGCAGGGCAACAUUGCCAUGACAACCGUCAAUUCACAAGUGGUGUCAGGUGGAGCCUUAUACCAGCCGGUUACCAUGGUAACUUCCCAGGGUCAGGUGGUCACCCAAGCAAUCCCCCAGGGAGCCAUCCAGAUCCAGAACACACAGGUUAACCUUGACCUCACCUCCCUCCUGGACAAUGAGGAUAAGAAGUCCAAGAACAAACGAGGAGUCUUGCCCAAGCAUGCCACCAAUAUAAUGCGUUCUUGGCUCUUCCAGCAUCUCAUGCACCCCUACCCCACAGAGGAUGAGAAGAGGCAGAUCGCAGCCCAGACAAACCUCACCCUCCUGCAAGUAAAUAACUGGUUCAUCAACGCUCGGAGGCGUAUCUUGCAGCCCAUGCUUGAUGCCAGCAAUCCAGACCCUGCCCCUAAAGCCAAGAAGAUCAAGUCGCAGCACCGGCCCACCCAAAGAUUCUGGCCCAACUCCAUUGCUGCGGGUGUGCUGCAGCAGCAGGGUGGUGCCCCAGGGACAAACCCCGAUGGUUCCAUCAACUUGGACAACCUGCAGUCCCUGUCCUCAGACAAUGCCACCAUGGCCAUGCAGCAGGCUAUGAUGGCUGCACACGAUGACUCAUUGGAUGGGACAGAAGAAGAGGAUGAGGAUGAGAUGGAAGAGGAGGAGGAAGAGGAGCUGGAGGAGGAGGCUGAUGAGCUUCAGACGACAAAUGUCAGCGACCUGGGCUUGGAACACAGUGACUCCCUGGAGUAGUCAGGCACCCCGAUGGCACUGGUCACCAAGCGGGAGAGGAGUGUGGUCAGGAGGGCUUCAGGGUGGGGGGAGGGGACACGGGCAGGAAGCACCAAGGAAGUUGGGCCCUAGCUUCCCCAAAUCAGCAGCUUGAAGAACCACCUGCUCCCUCCCAACCACCAAGCUUCAAGGGGUACCCCAGCCCCACUUCCCUAGAACUGCGGGGACUCCGUUUGGUGGGGCCAGCCAAGCAGCCUGCACGGAAAGGCAGGAGUGAGAUCUAGACUCACAAAUCCGGGGACAGAUGGCACCGAGGGCCCCCUCCUGAAGGACCUGAGCUGUUUACAAGCCUGCACUGUGAGGCACGGUGGUGCUGUUCGCAGAGUGAGCCUUUGCGGGAGACAGAGUGAGACAAUGUGAGCCUGGGUGCCACCCCCAGGAGGUCCUCUGCUCCUUUGAGAGACGUCCACGGGCAGGAGGGGGCCCAAACGCAUCACCAGUGGCUGGAGGAUGGGAGGGCCUGAGGCAUCACAUCGUGCAGACUGGAGGAGGACCUGGUUCCCCAGGCUCCAGCUUGCCCCUCCAAGGCCUGUCUCUGGGCACAGGUGGCCAUGGGCUUGGGAGAGAGGGACAGGAGCCCCAGAACCACCUUCUCUCUCUCUGCUGGAAACAAAUGGUAAGCUGGUGGGCUCAAAUUGUAGGAGGUUAAAACAAGUCCCUUUACCUCAGUUGGCUCUAAGACCCAAGGAAGUGGCAGAACCCGGGCUGGGAGCCGUGUCAAGGUCACUCGGGGGACCACAGCCAUCCCCAGGUAGUCAAGUUCUCAGCUCCUGUAACAAGAGGACAGCGGUCUGACCCCAGAUGCUCCAGCCCCGCCCAGACCGUCAGGGUGGAGCCGGGGUAGCUGGGAACCUUUCCACCCCGGAGGCUGCCCGCGACUGUCCCUCCCUCCCAGGUUGGCUCCAUCCGCCUCCAUCCUCUUUCAUUUCAUCCUUCAGAGGCAGAGGAAACAGUGGAAAGAUGCCUCAGCCCAGUGGGAAGCCAGGGGCUGGAGAAGGUGCUACAUCCCUUAUCCAAAGCGAGGGGGAGGGCCCAGCGCGAUGGCACCCGAGGGCCAAGGGGUGCCCUACACACCAUGAGUACACACAGCUCCAGAGGGCCCGGGGCUCUCUUGAGGAGAACGCUUUCUGCCAUCUGCCCUGACCCACACCCCCCCAGCCCCACUUCCAGGCCUCCAGGAUUGGCACCCCCUCCUCCCCUCCGCACUCACCCCUAUGGCUGUGAAUGACAGGACUGAUCAGACAUGUGUUUUCCAUUGGAUUUAAUUUAAUGGACUUGCAGUUUCAUUCAUAAAUUGUGCGUUGGCCAUCAGCGGCAGGAUGCGAAUGGCUACCUGGCUCGACAGGAGGGGACCCUCGGGGCCCUCUGGGGCCUUCCCCUCCCACCCUGGUUGGGGUGAGGCAGAAGGAUGGCCACUUUCCUGAGGUCUCCCUGAAAUGAAUGUAUUUCUCCCUCAAAAGAGCUGAUAUAUAAUGUUUUAAUAGGGAUUUUUGAGAAACAAAUGAACUUAUUUAUAAUCUGGUGAUCCAAUCAUUUUUUCACUCCCUUUUGAUGCCAUAGGUAGAGGAGAUUCUAGCUUUUUUGGCGUGAGAAUUUUGCCACGUGUAGUGGGAUAAAAUACGUUUCCUCUUC